AUGGCUUCCACCGCAGAGAAGCUGGCUUGCGAAAGCUGUAUUCGUGGCCACCGCGUCGCUAAAUGUCAGCAUACAGACCGCCCGCUUCUCACAGUCAGUAGAAAAGGACGUCCAGUCUCUCAGUGCAAUCACUGUAGGACCCUACGUAACUCCCGAUCUGUUCAUACGAAAUGCAAAUGCGCAUCGGCAUCACAUCAGGCCAUGCUAAAGGAGUUUGGACAAGAGCGAUGCCAGUGCGAUGAGGGCGAAACCUGCAAAUGUGCACACAAGACAGAUCGCAGAAAUAGGAAGCGCGUUCAGUCGCCACUCUCAACAGACAACAGUAUAACACCGUCAACUGCCUUGUCGCCUUCCGAAUCUGAGGACAGGACUACAGAGACUUCCCCAACACCAGCUCGUUCAUGCUGUGCCCCGAGUUCAACACCUUCUCACGAUGUAGCCGAAACCAUGGACCCAGUUUCGACGUCGAAUCUUGGUAUACCGAGUACCUGGACCUCUAGCGACGUGCUUGAUACAUGGAACCCUUCAAUACUGGAUUCUUUGCCAGAAACCCUCUUACAGGGUCCCCCGAACCCAACAGAAACCUGGGAUCUAGCCCCAGACUUUGGAUAUGGCCCGGCGCCUAUGGCAAUACCAACUUUUGACGAUCCAUUAUCAACAGUGGGACUAUUUGAUGCCGGCAGUCUUUUCAACGAUAUCGAUAUCAGCCAAAUACACAUCCCGGAUGAAUGGGUCGUUAGGGAUUUGACGAUAAGUGAGUCUCACGACACGGAAACACAGCCCAAGUCACUUUGA